AUGGUCCUGCCAAGAUCCAUGUGGCUGAACUGUGCCUGGAAAGCAGGGAUGGCACAUCUUGUACUGCGGGCAUUGGACACCACACUGACCCUGUGCAUCAUUGGUUGUUUGCUUCAGGCCUCUGCCGUGUCCUCACAAAAAUUGGAUGAUGCUGACCCACUGGUGAUGACCAACUUUGGCAAAAUAAGAGGGGUUAAGAAGGAACUCAAUAACGAAAUCCUGGGGCCUGUGAUUCAGUUUCUUGGGGUUCCAUAUGCAGCCCCACCCACAGGGGAACGCCGUUUUCAGCCUCCCGAGCCCCCAUCCUCUUGGUCAGACACCAGAAAUGCCACUCAGUUUGCUCCUGUUUGUCCGCAGAACAUUAUUGAUGGCAGGUUGCCAGAAGUCAUGCUCCCUGUUUGGUUUACUAAUAAUUUGGAUGUAGUUUCUUCCUACGUACAAGAUCAGAGUGAAGACUGCCUCUAUUUAAAUAUCUAUGUCCCAACAGAGGAUGUAAAAAGAAUAUCCAAGGAAUGUACAAGAAAACCCGGCAAGAAAAUUUGUAGAAAAGGAGGUCCCCUUACAAAGAAACAGACAGAUGAUUUAGGGGAUAAUGACGGAGCUGAAGAUGAAGAUAUUCGGGACAGUGGGGGCCCCAAACCUGUGAUGGUGUACAUUCAUGGUGGCUCCUACAUGGAAGGCACAGGGAAUUUGUAUGACGGCAGUGUCCUGGCAAGUUAUGGGAAUGUGAUAGUCAUCACAGUCAACUAUCGGCUGGGGGUACUUGGUUUCUUGAGUACUGGAGAUCAAGCAGCGAAAGGGAAUUAUGGACUCCUUGAUCUAAUACAGGCUCUAAGAUGGACUAGUGAAAACAUUGGAUUCUUUGGUGGUGACCCUUUGAGAAUCACCGUUUUUGGAUCUGGCGCUGGGGGGUCAUGUGUCAACCUGCUGACUUUAUCCCAUUAUUCUGAAGGACUCUUUCAACGGGCAAUAGCUCAGAGUGGAACAGCCCUCUCCAGCUGGGCUGUUAGCUUCCAGCCUGCAAAAUAUGCCAGGAUGUUGGCUACAAAAGUUGGCUGCAACAUGUCUGAUACUGUAGAGCUAGUUGAAUGUCUACAGAAGAAGCCUUAUAAAGAACUUAUUGACCAAGAUAUCCAACCAGCUCGAUACCACAUAGCCUUCGGACCAGUAAUUGAUGGUGAUGUAAUACCAGAUGACCCUCAAAUAUUGAUGGAACAAGGGGAAUUUCUCAACUAUGAUAUAAUGUUGGGUGUUAAUCAAGGGGAAGGGUUAAAAUUUGUUGAAAAUAUAGUAGAUAGUGAAGAUGGGAUUUCAGCUAGUGAUUUUGACUUUGCUGUCUCCAAUUUUGUUGAUAAUUUAUAUGGAUACCCUGAAGGCAAAGACGUUUUGAGGGAAACUAUAAAAUUUAUGUAUACAGACUGGGCAGACCGACAUAAUCCUGAGACUAGACGCAAGACGCUAUUGGCUUUAUUUACUGACCAUCAGUGGGUGGCACCAGCAGUGGCUACAGCAGACCUUCAUUCAAACUUUGGUUCACCUACAUACUUCUAUGCCUUCUACCAUCAUUGCCAAACAGAUCAAGUCCCAGCUUGGGCUGAUGCAGCUCAUGGAGAUGAGGUUCCUUAUGUGUUGGGAAUUCCCAUGAUUGGUCCUACAGAGUUAUUCCCUUGUAAUUUCUCAAAAAAUGAUGUGAUGCUGAGUGCAGUAGUGAUGACUUAUUGGACAAAUUUUGCUAAAACUGGUGAUCCAAAUCAACCAGUCCCUCAAGACACAAAAUUUAUCCACACAAAACCCAACCGUUUUGAAGAAGUAGCAUGGACCAGAUAUUCACAGAAAGAUCAACUCUAUCUCCAUAUUGGAUUAAAACCAAGAGUAAAAGAGCAUUACAGGGCCAAUAAGGUGAACCUCUGGCUGGAGCUGGUACCUCAUCUGCACAAUCUCAAUGAUAUUUCUCAGUAUACCUCUACUACAACUAAAGUGCCCUCAACUGAUAUUACCUUCAGGCCAACAAGGAAAAAUUCUGUACCUGUCACAUCAGCCUUUCCUACAGCCAAGCAAGAUGAUCCCAAGCAGCAACCCAGUCCAUUUUCCGUUGAUCAACGGGACUACUCCACAGAGUUGAGUGUGACCAUCGCAGUUGGGGCAUCUUUGUUAUUUCUAAACAUCUUGGCCUUUGCCGCUCUCUACUACAAGAAGGAUAAGAGGAGACAUGAUGUUCACAGGAGAUGUAGCCCUCAACGUACAACAACCAAUGACCUUACCCACGCACAAGAAGAGGAGAUAAUGUCCCUCCAAAUGAAGCACACAGACUUGGAUCAUGAAUGUGAGUCUAUCCAUCCACAUGAGGUGGUUCUCCGGACCGCCUGUCCCCCAGACUACACGCUAGCUAUGAGGAGGUCUCCUGACGAUGUUCCCUUAAUGACCCCCAACACCAUUACAAUGAUUCCCAACACUAUACCAGGAAUCCAGCCCUUACACACGUUCAAUACAUUUACUGGAGGACAGAACAAUACUCUGCCCCAUCCCCACCCCCACCCCCACUCACAUUCAACAACCAGGGUAUAG